AAAUUCGCUUUCUUGUGUUUGAUUGAUUAAUGAGAUCAUAAACCCGAUUUUAUUCUGGCUGGUUGGCUGGCCCGACGGAGAGAGAAGUAGCUUUGAUCCUGCAAGGAAACAGCUAUAAAUGCGAGUUGGUUCAUGUGGGUUUCUUUUCACCUUCUCUUAGCGACUAAGUAUGCAGCAAAGCCCUCUCUCUCUUGUUUCCUUUAUAUCAUUCGCCUUCUCUUCUCUCCCCCUUUGAACCAGUCCAAAAGCAUUUAUUUUUUUGGAUCGAAGCUCCAAUCCAUGGAGGUUUAUGGCUACCCAUCUCAUUCCCUUCCUUCUUCCUCCUCCCCGUCUCCAUUUUCUGUGGGGAAUUUCGUCGACAGAGUUAAGGAAUUCUUCCGAUGCGCGGUUUCUGCGGUUAUUGGGCAUGUUUUCUCUGCGAUCUUCACCUUCUUCUUCGCGUUAGUGGGGACUUUAUUAGGAGCCAUGACCGGAGCCUUAAUAGGCCAAGAGACAGAGAGCGGAUUUGUGCGCGGAGCUGCAGUUGGAGCCAUCUCUGGGGCUGUCUUCUCCAUUGAAGUUUUCGAAUCUUCUCUUGUUCUCUGGCAAUCAGACGAAUCUGGAAUCGGCUGUCUACUCUACUUGAUUGAUGUUAUUGCAAGCCUUCUGAGUGGCAGACUUGUCCGGGAGCGAAUUGGUCCAGCCAUGCUAAGUGCAGUGCAAAGUCAGAUGGGCGCUGUCGAAACGAACUUUGAAGAGAUCCCCAAUAUCUUCGAUACUGGGGGCUCGAAGGGUUUGCCUGGAGAUUCAGUUGAAAAGAUCCCAAAGAUCACAAUCACUAGCAACAAUAAUGUGGAUGCAUCUGGGGAGAAAGCAUCCUGUUCUGUGUGCCUGCAGGACUUUCAGCUUGGAGAGACUGUUAGAAGCUUGCCCCAUUGUCAUCAUAUGUUCCACCUACCAUGCAUUGAUAAGUGGCUGGUGAGGCAUGGUUCUUGCCCCUUAUGCAGAAGGGAUCUAUAAUUAUUACUUGAUGUAAAUUUCGGGACAUGAAGAGUUCUUUAAUUGUUUUAGUUGUAGGAUCUCCCUCCCUGUUUUGUUCUUAAAAACACUCGGAUAUACCUUUCUUCAUAUAGUCUUGUGUAAUCAGUCUGAGCGCGAUGUAUCUCGACGAGCUAGGUCAUUGUACUUCACCAUCAUCAUCCUGUAUAAAAUCCUUUUUGAGUUGUGAUGAAAUGAUUCUAUUACUACUGUCAA